AUGGUCCGAUACCGUAUAGAACUUGGGCACAACAGCGACAUCCGUCAAACAAAACCUUUUACUGAAGGUGGUGUGGUCAUUUUCAACAUGUUCCUCACAUGUACAAGAGGUCAACUCUUCUCUUCAUAUUUGUAUGAGUGUCAUCAGACUGCCCUCCUGUCAAGCAUCACGAUGAUCGUCCUACUUGGUUUCAUACUUAUUGCGCUAUGUAGUUGCGAAGGGUCGAAUUACACAGACGAAUUCGCCAGGAAGUAUAUGUACAUUCUGAGCGCUGCUGCGUACUCAGAUGCUCCAAGCAAAUGCAUGGAGAGAUUUGAAAAUGCUACAGUUCACAAUCAAACUUAUGCUAACUGCACAGGAAAUUGCUCAGGGUUCACAGCUGUUAUACAUGAGAAAAAAGCAAUCGUUCUUAGUUUCCGUGGAACUACCGACAUGCAGCAGCUGUUUGCAGAGAUUAAAGAUAGCACAUUCAAGGAAUGGAGUAAUUGGACUCAUGGAGGCAGGGUAUCCAAGUACUUCAGCGAUGCCUUUUUGAGCCUCUGGGAGGGAGGUAUGGAGAAAGAUUUCGAAAAUCUAACGACAUAUUAUCAAAACUACGAGAUUUGGGUUACCGGUCACUCACUUGGUGGUGCUCUAGCUACAUUAGCUGCAUCCGUGGUGGCCGGAAAACAUAACCGAACUAAUGUGAAGCUGGUCACAUUUGGUCAACCGAGGGUUGGCGACGAAACAUUUGCAAAGAAACACAAUGAAAUGGUAAACUUCUCCUACCGAGUUAUAUACUGGAGUGACGUGGUCCCAACUGUCCCAUGUUACUUCGUCCAAGGUUUUCGUCAUCAAGGAAUAGAGGUUUUCUACUCUGACAUGGAUUCAACUACCAACUCGAAGCACACCGUUUGUAAAAGAGGAGAGAAUUGUGAGCUUCUAUGGAAUGGACGGAUGCAAUGA